CCUCCUCCUCUUCUUCUUCUUCUUUUGAUGGAAAUGAAGAUAGAAUUGGAAUGCUUCCAGGACAACCAGAAAACAUAGAAUUUGAACAGUUCUCAGGAUAUGUAACUGUUGAUCAAAAGAAGCACAAGAAUCUCUUCUAUUAUUUUGUUGAAUCACAAACUCAUCCUUCUUCAAAACCUCUUGUUCUCUGGCUCAAUGGAGGACCUGGUUGUUCAUCACUUGGAGUUGGUGCAUUCUCUGAAAAUGGACCGUUUAGGCCAAAUGGAGAGUUUCUUAUUAAGAAUGAAUAUAGUUGGAAUAAAGAAGCAAAUAUGUUGUAUUUGGAGACACCCUAGGGACAAUGUUGUAUUUCUUCAACGCUGGUUCAACAAGUUCCCUCAAUACAAGAACCGAGAUCUGUUUCUAACUGGCGAAAGUUAUGCAGGGCAUUAUGUUCCUCAACUUGCAAAGCUCAUGAUUGAAAUGAAUUCAAAGAAAAGGAUAUUCAAUCUCAAAGGAAUAGCCUUGGGUAAUCCAGUUCUAGAAUACGCCACAGACUUCAAUUCAAGGGCAGAGUUCUUUUGGUCUCAUGGGCUAAUAUCAGAUUCAACGUACAAGAUGUUCAGCAAUGUGUGUAACUAUUCAAGAUAUGUGAGUGAGUACUAUAGAGAUUCACUUUCCAUGGUUUGUUCAGAGGUAAUGGGACAAGUUAGCAAAGAAACAAGCAAAUUUGUUGACAAAUAUGAUGUCACUCUUGAUGUUUGCAUUUCCUCUGUGCUUUCACAAUCAAAGGUUAUUUGUCCUCAAUCCCAAGAAAAGAAUGAGAGGGUAGAUGUGUGUGUAGAUGACAAGGUUACAAACUACUUGAAUAGAAGAGAUGUACAACAAGCACUUCAUGCUAAGCUUGUUGGUGUAAGAAAAUGGGAUGUUUGCAGCAACAUAUUGGACUAUGAUAUGCUUAAUGUGGAAAUACCUACACUUCCUCUUGUUGGAUCACUAGUAAAAGCUGGAGUUAGGGUCCUAAUUUAUAGUGGAGAUCAAGAUUCAGUGAUUCCACUGACUGGAAGCCGCACUUUGGUUCAAAAGUUGGCAAAACAAUUACAACUAUAUAUAUAAGUUAAAAC